AUGGAGACUACGAAGUUCAUUGCACUUCAUAAACCACUUCGUCUGGAUGCUGGAAACUUCGGACACUGGAAAGCACGUAUGAGACAUGUCAUCCAAAGUAUUGAUGAGGACGCUAGGACUGCAGUUGAAACAGGAUGGUACGAUCCUACCGUGGCAUCAGAAGACAAAGAUGGAAAGAAGAUACAGAUAGCCAAGCCUAAAAUUACCUGGACUGAGGUCGACAAAAACUUGUCGAAGUUCAACUCAAAGGCUAUCUCGACAAUCUUCGAUGCAGUCGAUCUGGAUGAAUUCAGUAUCAUUCAGGGAUGUGAGUCGGCUAAAGAGGCGUGGGACACUCUGGUGAAUCAUUUUGAAGGAGAUACUAGUGUGAGAAGAACUCGGAUUGAUCAUCUUGCGUCACAGUUUGAAAAUCUCAGAAUGGAUAAAAACGAAUCCGUUGGAAGCUUUACUACAAAACUGAGUACUCUUGCCAAUGAAGCUGAUGUUCUUGGAAAGAAAUACAAAGACAAGAAACUGGUUAAAAAAUUGCUGAGGUGUCUUCCACCAAAGUUCGCUGCUCACAAAGCUGUUGUUAAGUACUCAAUGGACACUGAUGACAUGAAGUUUGAUACUUUGGUGGGUAUGCUUAAGGCUGAAGAACUAGAAGUAACUGCUGACGAAACAGCCAAGCAAAAAGACAUUGCAUUUGCAGCUGCAACCGAAAAUGAAAGAGUCAAUCAAGUUGAGGAGAAUCUGGGUCUUCUGGCCAGGAACUUCAACAAAAUGUUGAAAAGGGUUGAGAAGGGCCAAAAUAAGAACACUAGAGGCCAACGGAAUGACUUUGAUAGGAAUAACUCUCGAAGUACUCACACCGAUGGAGCUUGCUCUGGAAAGAAGAAAGAUCUGCAAUGUCAUGAAUGUGAGGGAUAUGGACACUUCAGGAAUGAGUGUCCACUGGCUAAGCAGAAGGAGCUGAAAUGCAUAGAGUGCAAGGGGUUUGGGCACACGCGAAACGAGUGUCCAACCAUUUUAAGGUCUCGAGAUAAAUCCUUAGUUGCCUUGGGAGAAUCAGAGUCUGGAAGUGAUGAAGACGAUGAGGAAGAAGACUUGAUGCUGAAUUUUGUCGCUUUUGUGGCUGAGGGAAAAGAACAGACUGAAAAGGAACCCGAAGAAGUUGCUGGAUCUGACAGUGAAGAUGAGGAUGGUGACUUUGAUGCAAAAGCUGAAUACAGGAAACUCUAUGAAAAUUGGGUUCAACUGAGUCAGGAAAAUCUUCAGUUGGUUAAAGAUAAAGCCUUAAUGAAGGCUCAAAUUAACAUUUUGGAGAUGGAAAAAGAUCCAGUCGAAGAAGUUCUUGAAAAGUUGGAGGAUCUCAAAGAUGAGAAACUUAAUUCAGAUGCUCUUGAAGUUGAGAGGAAGAGGAAUAUCGAACUCGAAGGUAAACUCGAGAACUUGAGAGAAGUGUGCAAACUGGAGAAGGACAACACAUCAAGGAGUGAGUUUACCGAACCACCAGCUGAUAUACCACAGAAAGUCUCACAUCACGUCACUGGUAAUCCAUCGUCAGUCCUGAACCAGCACCCUCAAACUCAGACUGCUGUUGGUGAUGCUAAAAGUAAGGGUUUGCAAAGAACCAUAAGACCCUCGAAACCCUGUUGUUUCUUCUGUAACAGACCAGGCCAUAAGAAAGUUAGGUGCUACAGAUUCCGAAACAAAAUUAGAGGUGCAUGGAAAAGGGGUCUAUGUUUCGUUGAACCCAAAUACUUUGGUAAAGUCUGGAUUGCCAAGAAAGAUCUGUAUCACACAACCCAAUCUGAAGAGGCAAUAGAGGAAGUUGUGUGCAACUUAGCCCGGAUUCACUUUGAGGAGCCAGAAACGGUAGCCAAUGUUGCGUAUACCUCAUCCAAGGGACAGGUAGGAGACGCUUGGUACUUUGAUAGUGGGUGUUCAAGACACAUGACAGGGAACCAAAGCUGGUUUGACUCAUUGAAUGCUGUGAAAGGUGGUAAGAUCACAUUCGGUGAUGGUGGACAAGGAAAAAUUCUGGGUGUUGGAAACUUGGAAAGAGACGAUCAACCUCAACUCAUGAAUGUCUUCUAUGUUCAAGGACUCAAGGCAAAUCUGAUCAGUGUGAGUCAGUUAUGUGAUGAAGGACUUAAAGUCAUUUUUACUCAGGUGGACUGCCAGGCAGUUGACAUGAAUGGUAACAUUGUGCUGAUGGGAAUAAGGUCUGGAAAUAACUACUAUCUGUGGAGUCACUCGGACAAAUGCUUGACAGCAAAGGAAUCUCAGAUUGAACUGUGGCACAAGAGAAUGGGACAUAUGAAUGUUCACGGGCUGAGUCGAUUGGUAAAGGCUGAAGCUGUAAGAGGUAUCCCUGACCUUGAAACUCCAGGUAACACCGUUUUGUGA